GCUCCGCCGGCACAGCCAUGCCCGCGGCCGCGGCCCCGUUCCCGCCCCGGCGGGGCCCCGCGGAGGCGCCCGCCCGCCGGCGCUGAGCCGCGCCCGCACCUGCGAGCGGCAUCGCCCCCUGCGCUCCUGCGCGGCCGCCGGGGCGCCCGCGUCUCUCCGCUGUCCCUCCCCCCCUGCCUCCCUCCCCGCCCGCUGCCCGCCCCGUCGCCGAGCGGGAGCCGCCAGCGGUUCGCGCAGAGCCGGAGCCGGGGCAGCCGCUGCCGCCCGUGCUGCCCCCCGCCUCGCCGCCCUGCCCUGCCCUGCCCGCCGUUCCCCUCCUCCGUGCCGCCCAAGCCAUGAACUUUGGCCGCGGUCCCUCGGUGGUGUUGAACGUCGGGGGCACCCGGUACUCCUUCUCCCGGGAGGUGCUGAAGGAUUUCCCGCUGCGCCGGGUGAGCCGCCUGCACGGCUGCCUCUCGGAGCAGGACGUUCUGGAGGUGUGCGACGACUACGACCGGGAGCGGAACGAGUACUUCUUCGACAGGCACUCGGAGGCCUUCGGCUUCAUCAUGCUGUACGUCCGGCACGGCCACCUGCGCUUCGUGCCGCACAUGUGCGAGCUCUCCUUCUACAACGAGAUGAUCUACUGGGGGCUGGAGGGCUCCCACCUCGACUACUGCUGCCAGCGCCGCCUCGACGACCGCAUGUCCGAGACGUUCACCUACUACGCGGCGGAGGAGCCGAAUGGCGGCCCCGAGGGCAAGGGCCGGCGGCCGCCCGGAGCCGAGGGCAGGAAGUGGCUCGAGAGGAUGAGGAGGACUUUUGAGGAGCCCACGUCUUCCGUGGCCGCCCAGGUCCUGGCCACCGUCUCCAUCCUCUUCGUCAUUGUGUCCAUGGUGGUGCUGUGCGCCAGCACCCUGCCCGAGUGGCGGGCGCCGGAGAAUCGCAGCGUGGAGGAGCAGAGCAGGUACACAGCAGAGUCAGUGAGGGAGCCCUCAGGGAUAAUUGAAGCUAUCUGCAUAGGCUGGUUCACUGCUGAAUGCAUUGUGAGGUUCAUCGUCUCCAAAAACAAGUGUGAGUUUGUCAGAAGACCUCUCAACAUCAUUGAUUUGCUGGCAAUUACUCCUUACUACAUCUCUGUUCUAAUGACAGUUUUCACAGGGGAAAAUUCACAGCUUCAGAGGGCUGGAGUCACCUUGAGGGUCUUAAGAAUGAUGAGAAUCUUUUGGGUGAUUAAACUGGCCCGUCAUUUCAUUGGCCUUCAAACACUUGGUCUGACUCUGAAGCGUUGUUACAGAGAGAUGGUGAUGCUACUUGUCUUUAUCUGUGUUGCUAUGGCAAUUUUCAGUGCACUUUCACAGCUUCUUGAAAAUGGGCUGGACUUGGGAACAAAGAAUAAGGAUUAUGCCAGCAUUCCUGCUGCUUGUUGGUGGGUGAUCAUCUCGAUGACCACGGUUGGUUACGGUGACAUGUGUCCCAUCACUGUCCCAGGAAGGAUUCUUGGAGGAAUUUGUGUGGUUAGUGGCAUCGUUUUAUUAGCCCUGCCAAUCACUUUCAUUUAUCACAGCUUUGUGCAGUGCUACCAUGAGCUCAAGUUCCGAUCUGCUAGGUACAGUAGAAGCCUCUCUGCCGAAUUCCUAAAUUGACCCAACUUGCAUUCUGUUGUACUUACUUGCUAAGCUUUGUCUUAGAAGAGAACGGUGGAAGGUUCCUUCGCGUGUCCUCCUUGACUGGAUGGUCCUGUGGAGCAACAUUCUCACCAGCCUGGAGAAAGCCCGUCACCAUUCAGACAGGAAGGAUGGCCAUCUGCCUUGAGCACCUUGCAAGGAGAGGGAGUGAUGUUUCAAAUUUGAGAGAACAAAAUUAACCAAAGAGGAUUCGGAAGUCCUCAACCAGACCAGUUUGGUGUUCAGUUUGCCUUCCCUCAAAAAAAGCAGAACAAAAAAGUGGGUGUAACAUUGAGAUCUGUAAUUCCUGUAAUUAUAUCGUAAACCAUUCUAAGCAAUGUGUAGCAGAAGUUUUUCAAAUAUUCCAAUAUCUAAAUAUUUCACAGAGGCAUUGAUAGCUUCUUGCCUGAAGUAUCUCCACUUUUAACUCGGAUAACCAAAUUAUAUGCUGAAGGAGAAUCACUGCUACUUUUGUGCUUUGCAACAAAGUACAGCUGGUUCUGACUCAGGAAAGAUGAAGAAUAUAGGUCUGUAGGACAAAAAAACCUUGAGGCCUGAUUCUGAUCUUUGAGGAAGCACACAAAUCUUCUGUAAACCCAGUGAAGUCAGUGGCAUUUCUCUGAAUUUGAGAGUUCACAAAGAAGUGCAAAAAGUGAACCUCUGAAUGUUGUAAGCAAGGACUUCUUUAGAUCACAAUUAAUUUCUUCUCUGGAACCAAGCUGUACGUAGAAGCAAGUAUUGUAUUUUACAAAGAUCAGCAUAAGAAAUCAGGGAUUGAUAUGUAUAUAUUUCCUGGUAGGUUAGUGGGGGAGCUCUCCAAAUUUUAUAUACAUUCAGCUGAACUCCAUCACCUGAAGUUACAUUCUCAUAAGCACAGAUUUUCCCUCCCUAAACUCCUCCCUGCCCCACAUAUCUUAAACAUAGAUAUCAUAGUGAGAGUUCUCUUAAGACAAAUUGUAAGAUUUCAUCAUUUGAAAUGGCCUGGAGCAAGCACUGGAAAACAAGAGUACCUGCUCCCUGUCAGAUGGGACUCUUCAUCAUCUUAAAUUCUGCAAUCCUUACUGAAGGAUAUACCUCAAUGGAAGUUUUAAAAACAACUGUAAAAAGCCCAGAGCAUACCAAAGAAAGUAAAAUAUAGAAGUGUGAGUUGCACUUGGAAAAAUGGUGUAUUCUCCAACAUUACUAGAAAAUGAAUCAAGUUAGGUUCUGAAAUAUAGUUCACUACAUUUCUUGUGUAGUACUGCUUAAUAGCAUUGUUCAGUAUAAUUCUGAAAUGCUGCUAUAUAGAAAUGUGCAGUUAGAUAUUAAAAUACAUCAAGGUACAGCUUUAUAAAUUUGGGUACCAAUAAACAUCAACAGGGAGCUUUCAUGCUAACAUGGAAGUUCAGAGUCAUCAGCACAGCUGGAAUUUGUGUGCUUGCCUGAAAAUACUGCAUUUACUCUUACUGUGCUGUAGAGGCAUCUUUUAUAUCUGUAACUGUGAAAGGCUUUAGAAGUGAAAUGAGUACCACCUAGAAAACACAUCCCUGGAAUUGCUCACUCAAAUAAACCUGCCACAUUGAUCAGUAACCAAUAUAUUGAAGGUUCUUCCCUGAGACCUCAAAGAGUCAUUAUUAUUUUAAGGAGUCUUAGUCUUAAAUAGUCUUAAGAAGUACAUUGCAAUUUUUCUGAAGACCUGGAAAGAAUUUUAGUAGCCUUCUUACAGACAAGCUUGACUUUCCCUUCAAGACUCCAUUGUUGAGUGCUGUUACAGCCAUACCUCUGUUUCUUCCCACUAGUGUGUUCAAAGGUUAGCUCUGUAGUUCCCUACACUAUUAUAUAUUUAUGCCUUUUCUAUCAAAAUCAUGUUGCUCAGAAACCUGCUCCAGCAUUCCACAGAGAGGUGAUUAUGAGAUCAGCAAAAAUUCUUUCUUAGGUGAGAUUCACAGCUGAUGUUAGUUAGGCAAGUUGUGACUUCAGAGACACUUAGAUGUUUUACAGCCGUGGAGCUGCUGGCUCUGUAUUCCUGCAUGUGUACCUAUAUAUAUCCUGCAUAUAUUAUAUAUUAUAGUCAGUUGAAAUGUUUGGGGUUUUUUUAUUCCUCACAGAAAAUUUCCUCCUUGACAAAAUUAAAAUUUCAGACUUUAAUCCAAACAUAGACAUUGAAGAAAAUGACAUUUUCAUCUUCUAAUGAAAAGUUAUUUUGACAAUAUCAAAACCAUUUCUAAGUAUAAAACUGCUACUUUUUUUUGCUCCAAUUUUUAAUUUUUUUUAUUUAUUUUUAGCUAAAAUAGGUUAAAGACCCCAUGUAAGAACUUAGCCCUACAGAUUUUCAUGUGCUGUUUUGAAUGCUUGGGAAAAAUACUGUUUGUCACAAAACUCCUUCAAACUUACUUUGUCUUUUGUCCACAUAUUGUAUUUAACCAAACCAAUGCUCUAAGAUACAACCCUCCUCCACAAAACGCCCAAACCAUCAUCAUGGUGACAAUAACCUAAAAUCCAUGCAGAAUGUGAAUAAAAAGUAUGUUGCAAUCUUGAUUUCAAGACAAAAUAAAAUGUGUUUCAGCACAACCUAUAAAUUAAUCUUUAGAUGCCUGUACAAAGGAAAAACAUAAAUUAAUGCACAUAAUAACUUGUGAAUACCAGUUUGCACCAUGAAUCAUUUUUGCAUAAGCAAUUAAGGACAGGAAGUUUUCAACGAUCCAGGCUAUAUAUGGUAUACAAACAAAAUGUUUCAUCCUUUAUGAAGUGGUUUUUAGAUGAAGAAUCCUUUCCCAGUGUUAAAACAUAAAUCUAAUGAAAAUAACUGUGUAAAGGACUAAGUCUGUGGAGAUUAUCUUAAGUCAUACUAUGUUUUUUUGAACAGUUUGUGUUCAAUUUUUAUAUGGCAAAAUGUGAACAGAAUGACCUAAUGUUCUUUUUUAAUUUGAGUUAUAAUAAAAUAUUUUCAAACUGCUGUAUAUAAGCCCACAAAGGAGAGAUCCUGCAGUGGGUUUUUUGGUGUUUGUUUGUUUGUGGGGUUUUUGGGUUAUUUUUUUUUUCUUUCUCUUUUUAUUGUUGUAUGGUUAUUAAUGUAGACUUUAUCUUCCUUAUGAACCAAAUUGAAAUAAAGUAAUCUUCAUGGUAGCCUUAAAUAAGAAUUUUCUAGGGUAAUUAGGAUGCCUGACUUCUAGUAAUGUAUGUCAUCUUAUUUUCAACAGACCAGUGUUUUUUUAGUGAAACCUUACCAAAUAUGAAUUAUAUGUGUAGUCAAAAAUAAGCACAUUUUAAAACAGUUAAAACUGUUUUAUAAAAUUUUCUGGAAACCAUGUUUAUGCAGACAUGAGGUGCAGCACUCUAUUUCAAAGUGCAGCAUUUCAAAGCCAAAAGCCAAGUGAAGGCAAGCUGAUUCAUCUCUAAUCUCUCUAUGUUUGAACCCUAUACAAUAAAAGAUUUGAUGGGCA